AAUUAGAGCGCUUCCCGCCCAUCGCCCGCGAAGAAGUCGUUACGCUAAAGGACAAAGCGUAAAUUUGGUAGGUUCGCAGAUCUCUGCUGUGUAAAAGUCGGAUUUUUCUGCAGUUUCCAAGGAGGGAAGGAUAUCGCCAUGUCCCGACGUCACGAUGCAGGCCAGACUGUCAUGGCCAAGUGGCCAGGCAGCCACCUGUGGUUCCACGCCAAGGUGCUGAAGACUCUGGACGGGGACAGGUACAUGGUCAGGUUUGAGGAGGGCACAGAGGAGGAGGUCGAUGCCCACCAUGUGUUGUCGGAAUCCUACUUCAGCAGGUCAGGUUCCAAAAGUCCCUCUCGUCGACGCUCACGGUCAAGGUCACGAGGACGCUCGCCGGGACGAACCCCCAGGAGACGGUCAAAAAGCCCUGCAAUAAAGACCCCAAAAGUCGCCAAGGCCAACUCAUCCAGGACCCCGCGAGGACGUAAGGCAUCUCCUGAGAAGGCCAAGUCCUCACCAGCAGUCAAAAUCACGCCUGAGGCUAAGGAGAAGUCUAGCCCGGAGCCUAAGGCCAAAUCUUCUCCUGAACCCAAGGCAACAUCCACCCCUGCCAAGAUUACCAAGAUGGAGGUCAAAAAGGUUGUUGAACAGAAGAGUGAAGUAGUCCACAGGUAUGCCACUCGCUCCAGCACCAACAAGGAACUGGUCCCUGGCCUGGACAUAAAGCCUGGUCCUGUACCUAAGACCAACGAGCGCGAGUUUGGCGGUCCCGUCGGUACGUUCCUCAUGACGUUCCUCCUGCCAGCCACGGUGCUGUACCUGUACGGCGUGUGUAACAAGGCCCACUGUGACCUGGUGUUCGUGCCACACCUCCCCAAGACGCUGGAUGCCUACUUCAGCACAAACGCUGCGCUGGUGUUCCUGGGCUGGUUCCUCUUCCAGGCUCUGAUCUACAUGCUUCCCAUCGGACGGUUAGCUGACGGUGUGCCCCUGAGGGAUGGACGGAUGCUGAAGUACAGAAUCAAUGGUGGCACAGCCAUUGCCUUCUCCUUCAUCAUGAGUGUGCUUCUGUACAUCAAGGCCAGGAGGGCUCCCAAGGCAGCCCUGUCCCCUGUGGGCAACUCAGGUAAUGUGAUCUAUGACUUCUUCAUCGGUCAUGAGCUGAAUCCUCGCAUCGGCAGCUUCGACCUGAAGUACUUCUGUGAACUCAGGCCUGGACUCAUUGGAUGGGUGAUCAUCAACCUGUGCCUGUGUGGGAAGUACUGUGUAGAUCACGGCCAGCUGUCCACCGCGCUGACCUGUGUCACGCUGUUCCAGGCCCUGUACGUGGCAGACGCUCUUUGGUUUGAGGAUGCCAUUUUGACGACCAGUGACAUCACAACUGAAGGGUUUGGGUUCAUGCUGGCGUUCGGUGACCUUGCCUGGGUGCCCUUCACCUACUCCCUGCAGGCCCGCUACCUGGUCGACCACCCCGAACACGACCUCACCAACGUGCAGGCUGCUCUCAUCGUGCUCCUCAACAUGCUUGGAUUCUGGAUCUUCAGAGCAUCCAACUCUCAGAAGAACGCCUUCAGACGAAACCCCUAUGACCCCAAACUUCAGCGCCUGGAGAGCAUCCCUACCAAUGUGACCAACAAGAGCCUGCUGGUGUCUGGAUGGUGGGGCCUGGUUCGCCACCCCAACUACCUGGGAGAUCUCAUCAUGGCCCUGGCCUGGUGUCUGACCUGUGGUUUCAACCACAUCGUCCCCUACUUUUACGUCAUCUACUUCACCAUCCUGCUCAUCCAUCGAGAGAGGCGCGACCACCUCGUGUGCCAGAAGAAGUACGGCGCAGCCUGGGACAAGUACUGCGAGCGUGUCAAGUACCGCAUCUUCCCCUACAUCUACUAAACAGCCCGCAUGGACUUCAUUAUCUUCAAAAAAAUGUCUGUGUUAUGACGCUACUGUAUAUAAGCCGAUCUGUGGUAGACUGAAGUGCCUUGAUAUGGUUGGACUGUAGAUGUUGAAGUAUUUUUGUUUGACAGUAGUUUAGGAGAAUACUACAGCACUCCCGCUGUCUUUCAUUCAAGAUUAAACGUCUUCGUUUGUGUCAUUCCAAUAAUAAGGCUAUUUAACGAUUUUUUGUUAUCAUGUCUUUGUGAGAUUUUGUACUUAAUAUGGGUCAAAGGUUUCAUGAAUCAAAACAAUUUAAUAAGACUUUUCCAAAGAAAGGUUUAUGAAAUAUUAUUGCUCAGGAACUUUUGGGACAGGAAAGUACGUAUAACAGGCUCAUCUUCGAAAAAAAUGUUCUGUAAAUAAAUAUGUAAUGCUCGUUCAAUAUUUGAAGAAUUGUGACUUUCGUGUUUUAACUUUAAUGUUAUUUUUAUUUGUGAUUUAAACUGGUGAUAUUUGGUGUGUGUAUAGUAUUGCUAAGUAUAACUGUUUGUUUCCAACAUUGCUUCUCAACAUUUUAGAUAGUUGUUUUGUUAGGGUUGUAGGAUUGUCUCUAACAAUGGGAAAUACUAAUAUUAAGAAUGGACAAGUAAUUGCUGAAUAUUGGCAAUGUAUAAGAGGUAUUUUUAUACAGUAAUCUAUGGGUAUGGACGCAUAUCUUCAAUGUGAGAAAUGCUACUUAAUGAGUGAGACAAAAUAGAAAUGUACGGUGUGUUUUAAAACAUGGUAAAUUUUAUCUCAUGGCAGCUAUGACACUGCCAGCUCUGUCUUUUGAAGCUGCCAUAUCAUUGCAAAUUGACAGGUGGCACUUCUAUCUGUAAUUACUGCUAUUUAGUCAGUGUCUUGCUUGGCCAUCAAGAUUAAGCGUCCAUGUUGGUAACAAGUACCAAACAUUACCCACUACAUGUUUU